CUUCUGAACGAUGAACUGUUGCCUCUGGACUUCCGCCAACUGAUAGAGCUUUGCAAACGCAAUAGCGGUUUUAGGGAAGGCCUGGACGAGGAGUAUCUCAACAUGAUACUUUCGCGUGUGUACACAAAACGGAAGCCUACCACUGCUGACUCGCACACUGACGGUGGUUUGUCACAACAGACCAACGGGCAGUCGUCAAGCCCUCAGCAACAGAACUACUCACCGAUGCACAGCAUCAUUUCUCAAGCCCAACUCCUGCUUACGCCUCUCGGAGAUGAUUUUACCUCAGAACCCUACAUUAUUCCCUGCGACGAGAGCAAUCCAAUGGAGACGGACGAAGGCGAUCAGCCAGCUGACGUAGAUAUGCUUGAAGAUGAGAGUGCUGCCGCCGCGCGACCCCCUGUUGCCGCCAAGUGCCCGCAGGAGACUGUACAGGCAUUGGAACCAGCACGGCCCAGCGCUGCCUUCUUUGAGGAACGAGGCAUUGACGAGGAGUUGCCGUUGACGGAACACCGCAAAUCCACAUCGACAACCAGCGCCCGCUUCUAUCAAUUUCGUCCCCUCUACUGCCUUUCUGCGCCUUACCAAGAACCAAUGACGGCAGGUCGUCCGGUUUAUCUCUACACUUGGAGUCUCCCCCAUCCCAAUGCAGUGGUUCGUCUGACCAACGUGGAAGCUAGUUGCUUUAAGCAUGUGGACCAAACCAUCGGCCUAAUCUUCUCGAAACCCAUCACUAAGGUGGGCUCCUGA